GAAAAAACAGUUGCAAGUGUGGGAAUUAAUUCGUGGCAAAGCGUGCUUAGCGUAACGCAUUAGUGACGAUCGCAACAAUGUGGCACCUGUGGAUUGUUCUAUUGAUAUUUACAACGGAUUGCUCCUUUUCUGAUGGCACCGUCUACGGCAGUGUUAACGAAGGUCCCGACGAUCCCGCCCAAGAUUCACCGUCGUCGCUGUCCAGCUCCAGAUCACUGCCAGCCCAAGCCAUAGAUUUCGUUGACACACGCCCUGCUGGGUUUGGUCGAGAUCACGCCAACGACGCGGACCGGAAGGAUACGGAUCUGUUCAAUCAGCUGAAACAUAUGCAGCAUAUGCCACGCAAUGGUCACCGAUCAACACCGUUCGCCGCUUCCGAGUCCGAGAUGGCCGGUGUCAGAAGAUCGCUAGCAACAGUGCUACAAGUGCUGCUGCCGUACGGUCGACUGCAGCAACGUCCACAUCUGUCCGCCGACCAGACUGAUCCUCCGAUCGACCCGUACGACGAGGCAGCCCUGCUCGGUGAACCUCUGCUACCCGACCGACCCGAUUCGGCGAACUAUCUGCUGCACGGCAAGCUGGUUGAAAUUGGCCCAAGACAGCGGGCCGCAUUUGGGAGUCCCAACACCGAACCGGAGAGUCGCAGUGCAGGAUUGGCCGAAGAUACCUUCGGAACCGUGGGCCAGAAGCGAGCCGCCGCCCUGCGUUCGACGAUGGCCCGUCGGUCACACAUUAUGCCGGCAGUUGCGGGUGGUGGAGGAGGAGGAGGAGGAGGAGCGGGAGGAUCGGGAGGUGGUGGAGGAACGGAUGAUGGCAGCUUCAUGCCUUCCAUCAGUGUUGGUGAGUUUUACGGUGCGCUGACAAACUUAGGCGACUUCUUCCAGAACCUCAAGCACAACCUCGAGUCGCUAGAGUCGAAGAAUCUGAACAACGAUCAGGUGAAGCUGCUAGAAGGCCAGAACAUGAUCAGCAAUCUGCGCAAAGGGUUCUUCUAUUCCAGAGUUUGUCGAGGACUAUCCCAAGCCGGCGGGCAGUGCCGCUUUCCUGCACGCCAUCCGGAACUAUCGGCCCUCGCACCGGAUUCGGGCGCUGGUGUCUACCGUGCCGGAGCUUUACCGUGGAACCAACUUUCACGAUCCCGUGUACAUGCUUGCCGGACUCGGAAAAUGAGCUACCCGCCAACGAUCCGACCACCCCAUUCGGUACUGCUGGCCUCCUGUUAGGUGAGUUGGAGGCGGCCAUACCAUUUACCCAUUCCGGAUGCCUAGCUGGCUGAGGCCCCGCUGGCGGAGGGGCCGGGUUCUUCGCGGUUUAAAGCUCUCCCGUACGCGCCUCCACCCAAGAAUGUAUGGAACACAUCGGAACAAACCCCCGUUUAUUGCCCUGCUCUCGUGUACUGAUUGUAAAUAGGUACCAAUUCGUUGCUAGCCGUAGGAACACCACUUUCAACCAACCAACCAACUUGGCCCAAAAGCGUGAAAAUUAUGCUUCGCUUCGUCCUUAAACACUACCAACUAUAUAAAUACAUAUAUCAAUACUAAUAAUAAAGAUCAAAAACAUCCAAACUCUAAAGUUAUAAUAAUAAACACAAGAACAGUGUAUUGAUCGCAUGAAAGAUCAAACAAAGCACCAAAAAAAAUGUUGGGUACAAACAAAAAAAAACGAAGGUCAAAAUUUUUAUAAUUUUCGACCCAGCUGUAACAGUAAGGUGAAGGUUAAUCCGAAAAAUUACAAACAAAUUCGGGAAGCCAAUCUAAUUAUGUUAAGGUCGAUCAUGAAAGUGCAAUAGUGUACUGUAAUGUCCGUGAGCGGAGUGUGGGUCAACAGGGACGUUAAAAUGGUUGAUCAGUAACGCCACAAACGGGAACGGGCUACGGUUACUCUCGGUUCG